AUGUCCGACAAGCAAUUCACUCCCGCCGACGUGGCUAGCCACAACACCGCCGAGAGCGGUCUGUAUAUUAUUAUCGACAAUGGCGUGUAUGACGUUACAAACUUUGUCGAUGAGCAUCCCGGUGGUGCGAAGAUUCUGAAGCGGGUUGCUGGAAAGGAUGCGACGAAGCAGUUUUGGAAGUAUCAUAAUGAGGGCGUGUUGAAGAAGUACACGCCCAAGUUGAAGGUUGGCGAAGUCAAGGAUGCUGCCAAGCUAUAA